AUGGACGUUCUUGCCGGCCACUUCCAGAACAUCAUCAGUGGUGAGGCUGUGAGCGAGAGUGAGGCUGCACUCAAGCAGAUGUGCAAUGAGCCUGGUGGGUGGGUGGUGGCUGUCGACGUGGUGGCGCUUGAGGUCGUGGUGGCCGUCGACGUGGUGGUCGUCAACGUGGUGGUCGUCGACGUGGUGGCCGACGUCAUCGUGGCCGACAUCAUCGUGGCCGACAUCAUCGUGGCCGACGUCAUCGUGGCCGACAUUAUCGUGGCCGACGUCACAGUGGCCGACAUCAUCGUGGCCGACAUCAUCGUGGCCGACAUCAUCGUGGCCGUCGACGUGGUGGCCGUCGACGUGGUGGCCGACAUCAUCUUGGCCGACGUCAUAGUGGCCGACAUCAUCGUGGCCGACAUCAUCGUGGCCGACAUCAUCGUGGCCGACAUUAUCGUGGCCGACGUCACAGUGGCCGACAUCAUCGUGGCCGACAUCAUCGUGGCCGACAUCAUCGUGGCCGACGUCAUCGUGGCCGACAUUAUCGUGGCCGACGUCAUCGUGGCCGACAUCAUCGUGGCCGACAUCAUCGUGGCCGACAUCAUCGUGGCCGACAUCAUCGUGGCCGUCGACGUGGUGGCCGACAUUAUCGUGGCCGACGUCACAGUGGCCGACAUCAUCGUGGCCGACAUCAUCGUGGCCGACAUCAUCGUGGCCGACGUCAUCGUGGCCGACAUCAUCGUGGCCGACAUCAUCGUGGCCGACAUCAUCGUGGCCGACAUCAUCGUGGCCGACGUCAUCGUGGCCGACAUCAUCGUGGCCGACAUCAUCGUGGCCGACAUCAUCGUGGCCGACAUCAUAGUGGCCGACAUCAUCCCUCUACUCACCCCAUCCCCCUCCCCACACACAGGCUACGCCGUCACCCUCGCCCAGAUCGCCCUCUCCACGGAGACUGAUCCGUCGUACCGCAUGCUUGCUUCGGUCCUCACCCGGCAGGCCAUUGAGGGCCACUGGACGGUCCACUCGCGGUGGUACCACCCGGACAACACGGUGCUGGGCAAAGAGGACAAGGCCACGCUCCGUGAGCUUCUCCCGGUCGGCCUUGCCGAUGACCUGCCGCGCAUCCGCGGUAUGACCGCUGCUGCUAUCGCCAUCAUGGCUUCGCACGACUGGCCGCAGGACUGGCCGUCGGUCUUUGACGACCUGGUCGGCGCCCUGGCGUCUGGCGAGCCCAAGGUUGUCCACGGCACGCUGCGCUGCCUCGAGGACUUUGCGCGGACGAUGAAGGAGGACCACAUGGAGAACGCCAUCCCCAUGCUCGCCGAGCCGCUCCUCGCGGUCUUCUCCAACGAGUCGGGCGCGUACACCGCCCGCGACCAGAUGCGCGCCAUCAAGAUCUACUCCUCGUGCCUCGCCACCCUCUUCCAUGUCAAGCGCGCCGACCCGAACGCUGCCGUCUCGAUCCUUGGCGACUCGCUGCCGCACUUUAUCGAGGGCGCCCACGCCGUGCUCUCGCUCCCCGACUCGCCCGAAGACGACUGCGGCCUCAAGAUUGAGGCCAUCCGCCUCGUCAACCUCGUCAUGCUCCGCUACACCACCGAGUGUGCUGAGCUUGUCGGCCCAUGCCUCCCGCUCGUCUGGCACUCUCUCGAGUCCGGGACCUCGCCCUACACUGCCGCCCUGCAGGACGGCCUCCCGCCCCCGCCGCGCGACUCGGACGGCAACGUCAUGGGCUUUGAGCACCAGCUCUGCUCGCUCUUUGAGGCAGUCAACAUCAUGGCCUCGCGCGAAACCUUCCGCCCCGCCCUCGAGUCCUCGCUCUCGGACCUCGUCUCCAUCAUCAUCGUCUACGCCCAGCUCACCGACGCCCAGCUCUCGGUGUGGGAGGACGACCCCAUCCAGUUUGUAGAGGACGAGGACGAGAUGUCUGUCAAGCGCCACUCGGUCCGCCUUGCCGCCGUCGAUCUCCUCGCAGAGCUCCUCCUCGAGUCGCAGACCGGCGAGGCCUUUUGCAUGCAGGUCGUUCUCUCACUCGCCAGAGCUGCCGCGGCCCACCUCGCCACCGCCGACGAGCUCGACGCCGCCGGCCAGGCCGACAACGCCUGGCGCCUCCGCGAGGCCGUCUUUUACGUCAUGGGCCGCUCAUCGCCCGAGCUCCUCGCCCUCCUCGCCUCUGGCGACCUCGACUUUGACAUCGGCGGCUUCCUCGAGCACGUCCUCCUCCCGGUCCUGCAGACGACCGACAACCCGUACCUCCUCGGCCGCGCCCUCUGGCUCGCCUCACUCUUUGCCCACGCCGUCCCCGCGGAGCUCGCCGUCGCCUUUGUCAACGCCACACACGCCUGCCUCGCCGAGGAUGCCGCUCUCCCUGUCCGCGUCUCGGCCACAAAGUCGGCCCUCGCCCUCGCAGGCAAGAUGCCCAAGGCGGCCCUCGCAGAAUACGUCCCGGGCCUCAUCACCUCGCUCGUCUCGCUCGCCCAGGAAAUCGGCGCAACCUACGAGCGCCCCACCGUCGACGACGCCGACGACGAUGCGACCGCCAACGAGUACUCGACCCUCGCAAACUCGCGCAACCCCAUCCUCUCCAUCAUCCUCGACGCCCUCGUCAUGCUCACAAAGGUCGAUGGUGACGCAACCGCCUCGGUCGAGGCCACCUCGUCCGUCGCCGUCCUCGAGUCGCUCGCCGCCGUCGCCUUUGAGCCUGUCUUUGCCCGUCUCUACAAGUUCAUCGGCUCCACUCUCUCGUCCACAGGCAGCGUCGCCGCAGACAACAUCCCGCGCGGCUGCGGCUUUGUCGCGGCCGUCGCAGACAUCUUCCUCGCCCUCGUCACCGUCGCCCCCGAGCCCAUGCCCGAUGACAUGGGCUCGCUCCUCGGCGCCCUUCUUGUCCAGGCACUCUCCUCGCCAGACUCAUCGCUCAUGCAGGUCGCUUGCAAGAUCCUCCGUCUCUACAUCGCCAAGGCUCCGCAGCACAUGCAGGCCCAGCUUGGACCCAACGGCGAGUCCGCCAUGGAGCUGGUCCUCACUUUUAUCUCGCGCCUCGUCUCGGACGACAUCUCCGAGGACGGCGCCUCGCUCGUUGGCGCCCUCAUCAUCACCCUCAUCAAGCGCGCGCCCGACGCUGUCUCGUCCAUCAUGGGCCAGAUGCUUGACUCGCUCCUCCAGCGCCUCGCCACUGCCCGCUACUCGCCCUUUAUCCAGUCGCUCGUCUCCGUCUUUGCCCUUCUCAUCUCCACCCAAGGCGCCGCAGACAUCCUCGACCUCGCCGCUGGCAUCUCCGUCGGCUCCACAAACGGCCUCAAGGUCCUCAUGUCCCAGUGGCUCGAGCACGAGCUCGAGUUUACCGGCAAGUACGUCUCGCGCCUCUCGCUCACCUCGCUCGCCUCCAUGCUCGCCCCUAUGGCUUCGGCCAUCCAGACCCUGACUGUCCGCCAGGAAGUCAUCGACCUCGACGCCCCCGUCCGCACCCGUCGCUCCGCAAAACAGGCCGGCGUCACUACAAAGGACGUUCCUGUCCCCAUCGCCAUCAUCCGCGUCUUCAUCGGCCACCUCGACUCGCUCAACGACGACAUCGAGUCCGGCCUCCUCGGCGACGAUGAAGACGACGACCUCUCAGACUUUGACGACGACCUCUACGAGGCAGCCGGCCUCGUCUUCCGCGACGCAGACUCGGGCAAGUCGCCGUUCCAGCCCUCGGACUCUUACAUGCUCUCCGACGCCUGGAACCUCGGCCUCGACUAUGACGGCCUCGACGACGACAACGACGAAGAGUACAAAGACGACCCGCUCAUGCAGAUCAAAAUCGGCGAGUACCUCACCGCCUUCCUCCAGGCCUUUGCCGGCCAGGACCCGGAGACGUUCAACCGGAUCAUGGGCUUCUUCAACUCGCACGAGCGCGCCCUCGUCGAAAUGGCCUUUAACGGCAAGUUUGCCGGCCACUGAAGGCCCGCAAGCUCGGCCCAGCCUGAAGGGUGUUGACUCACUUAUCGCGGCGGAAUGUUCUCGCCAUCCACCACAACAAACGUCCCCACGUACACCACA